AUGAGCGGGAAACUGGCGGAAGACUUCGCCGUGUUCAGGAUUGCAGAAGAGGGGCAGGUGGCACGGUUACAGGCUCUGAGUUGUCAAAUUCAAGAAUUGGUUGGCAAAUAUGAUGAUGCCGUCCGGGACCUUGAAAGUGAGCGGGUUGCGAGACGUUUUACGCAGCAGGACGCAGAUGAGUCGCGCGCCAAAUACGAAGAAUUGCAGCAAUCUAUGGAGCGCAGUUCCUUUGUUCUAGUGUUGAUCGAUGCCGAUGCUGAUUCGUACAUCUUCAAAGAUGAGUACUACGCCGCCAGCGAAGGUGGUACAAAGGCGUCCCUUGAUCUACGUGAUAGAGUUCGCAGUUUUCUUCAAGCGAACAGGCCAGAUCUAUCCGAUUACCCUAUCAUCAUCAAGGCAUAUGCUAAUGAGGCUGGUUUGUCCCAUUUUCUCGUUUCAUCUGGUAUGAUCAAGGCGCCCCGUGAUCUCGUGGAAUUUGCGAAAGACUUCACGCAGGCAUCCGAGUAUACCGACUUUUUACUUGUUGGGAGUGGUAAAGAUCGAGCAGAUAAGAAAAUUCAAGCGUUGGUCGAGAAUUUCGUGAUCUUCGUUUCAAAAGCUUCAAGAUGGAGGAUGUUUUCAAAGCCGCGCCCUUGCGGGACGUGGCAUCAUCGCCAGAGUCAUCAGCAUCCGUUCCAAGUUCUUCGACCUGGGCGUCCAUGGUAG